CGCCUGAGAUCCGCGGGAAAACCGGACGCCGGUUGUAGUUCGUAUGGCUCCGGAGGGCGAGGAAUUGGGAACCAAUGGAAGAGGCAGGGAUUCUUUGGGGAUUCUCCUUCCUAACGCUUACGGACUUCCUGCAUUUCACUUUUUUUUUUCUCUCAGCACUCUCCUAGGCAUAUUCUUAAGGAUCUCCUCGUUACUGCUCCCCCGAGUAUUUCAUUUCUGAAUUCAUCUGCCACCUUCACCACAAGCAACUCGGCCCAUCACUGAGCGACCGCUGAGGAUACAAGGAUGAAUACAAAGCCCUAGCCAUAAAGGCACUGCUCGUCUACGCCCGCAAACAGAACAGAUGCCUCAUCCUCGAAGGUACCAUUCUUCAGAGCGAGGCAGCCGGGGGAGUUACCAUGAACACUAUCGGAGCCGAAAGCAUAAGAGACGGAGAAGCCGCUCCUGGUCAAGCAGCAGUGACCGGACACGGCGGCGCCGACGGGAAGACAGCUACCACGUCCGUUCCCGGAGCAGCUAUGAUGAUCGUUCAUCGGACCGGAGGGCGUACGACCGGCGGUACUGUGGCAGCUACAGGCGGAACGACUACAGCCGGGAUCGGGCCGAAGCCUACUAUGACACAGACUACCGGCACUCCUUUGAGUAUCACCGGGAGAACAGCAGUUACCGCAGCCAGCACAGCAGCCGGAGGAAGCACAGACGGCGGAGGCGGCGCAGCCGGACAUUCAGCCGCUCAUCUUCGCAGCACAGCAGCCGGAGAGCCAAGAGUGUAGAGGACGACGCUGAGGGCCACCUCAUCUACCACGUCGGGGACUGGCUACAAGAGCGAUAUGAAAUCAUAAGCACCUUGGGAGAGGGGACCUUCGGCCGAGUUGUGCAGUGUGUCGACCAUCGCAGGGGUGGGGCCCGAGUUGCCCUGAAGAUCAUUAAAAAUGUGGAAAAGUACAAGGAAGCAGCUCGACUUGAGAUCAAUGUGCUGGAGAAAAUCAACGAGAAGGAUCCUGACAACAAGAACCUCUGUGUCCAGAUGUUUGACUGGUUUGACUACCAUGGCCACAUGUGUAUCUCCUUUGAGCUUCUGGGCCUUAGCACCUUCGAUUUCCUCAAAGACAACAACUACCUGCCCUACCCCAUCCACCAAGUGCGCCACAUGGCCUUCCAGCUGUGCCAGGCCGUCAAGUUCCUCCAUGAUAACAAGCUGACACAUACGGACCUCAAGCCUGAAAACAUUCUGUUUGUGAAUUCAGACUACGAGCUCACCUACAACCUAGAGAAGAAGCGAGAUGAGCGAAGCGUGAAGAGCACAGCUGUGCGGGUGGUAGACUUUGGCAGUGCCACCUUUGACCAUGAACACCAUAGCACCAUCGUCUCUACCCGCCACUACCGAGCACCAGAGGUUAUCCUCGAGUUGGGCUGGUCACAGCCUUGUGAUGUGUGGAGCAUAGGCUGCAUCAUCUUCGAAUACUAUGUUGGCUUCACCCUCUUCCAAACCCAUGACAACAGAGAACAUCUAGCCAUGAUGGAAAGGAUCUUGGGUCCUAUCCCUUCCCGGAUGAUCCGAAAGACAAGGAAGCAGAAAUAUUUUUACCGGGGUCGCCUGGAUUGGGAUGAGAACACAUCAGCUGGGCGCUACGUGCGAGAAAACUGCAAACCACUUCGGCGGUAUCUGACCUCAGAGGCAGAAGAACACCACCAGCUCUUCGAUCUGAUUGAAAGCAUGCUAGAAUAUGAACCUGCUAAGCGGCUGACCUUGGGUGAAGCCCUUCAGCACCCUUUCUUCGCCCGCCUUCGGGCUGAGCCACCUAACGCCAAGUUGUGGGACUCCAGUCGGGAUAUCAGUCGGUGACGAUCAGGCCCUGGGCCCCCCUGCGUUUCUGACAGCAGUGGGUGUCCAGUCCAGGACACUGGUGCUUUUUUAUACAAGAGAACAGAACCGGAGCCCACUCCUUCCUCCUGGCUCCGUGUGUACCUGUGAAUAUGUGAAAUAGUGUAAAUAUGAAAGAACUUAAUACCUAUUGCUUCAACCCCUGCCUUGUACAUAAUGCUGUCCCAUCUCACACUCUUCCCGCCCUCACCUGCCCCUUCACAGUUGAGUUGGAUGGGGGCAGAAUGAGGUAACCAGGUGGCAUCAAUCCCAUGUUUUAUAAGGAAUUUUGUACAGUCUUUGUGAAAUAAAAUGACGUGCUUCAUCGGA